AUGGCAUUACCCGCCACGCUGGCACAUACGACAUGGACCGAAGCUCGAUGGCAUGACGACGAUCGGGCAGCGGCCGGCGACCACAAAUCUCUACAUUACACCAAAACACCAGCCCGACGCGUCAACUCUCUCAACAUGGCAGAGACAGGCGCCAAGGGUGGUGCGAACGACAACCAUCUCAAGGUCGACACGCGAACGCCGCCGGACCUCACCCCCGACGUUGAGCUCGACGAAGUUGUCGACCCCCUCUCCUCGCUACCUGCUCUCGCAUCAGCGCUCGACUCAGCUUACGAUGACGUCCCGGGCUUCAUCAACUCUCUCCUAUCCGACUAUGUUCCCCCCGCUCUUCCCUCCCCUGCUCCUCAACAACCACCGAAUCUUCCGCCGAUUGAGAAGCAGCUGAACGAGCUCAUGACUCGUCUCAGCCUGCUGAACCAGGACACUUCGAGCGCCUUGGAGCAGUCGAUCUCGGACAUCUCGCGCACUGUUCCGAGACUGACUUAUGACCUGCAGUUCAUGCGCGAGUCGGCUGUGUCGCUUCAGUCGAGUCUGCGCAGAGUGCAAGACAAAGCUGCGCGGCAGCAGCUGGGCAACGACAGCGAGGAAGCCAGGACGCAACGGCAUCUCGAUAAGCUCACACACCUCGACAAGCUGAAGACGCGUAUGGAGGCUGCUCGCGACAUUCUUGCCGAAGCUGAAAGCUGGAGCACACUCGAGAGCGAGAUCACGACGUUCAUCGCCGAGCGCGAGUGGACGAAGGCGGGUGAGCGGCUGGCUGAGGCCAGUAAGAGUCUGGUCGUGUUCCAGAGCACGGAAGGAGAGUACGAGUCGAAGCGUAGCUUGCUCGUCAGUCUUCAAAACGAGUUGGAGACUGCACUGUCGGCUGCUCUCCGCGAUGCCAUUGCUCAGGUGGACACGGCAACAACGGCCCAGUUCCACGAGAUCUUCCGAAUGAUGGAGCGCGAGCACGAGUUCCGCAAUUACUACUUUGCUGCUCGCCGAGCGCCGAUUCUGGAAGCCUGGACGAAUGUUGUGCUGCUCGAUGCCGGCUCUGAGGGUGCCGGAGAAGGUGCCGAGGAGGGAACGGAACCGGUCAAGUUCAGCUCCUUCCUGCCAAAGUUCUACGAGACUAUCAUUCAGACGCUGAAUCCGGAGCGCACGCAGAUCCCGCUCGUCUUCCAGACAGACUCUGCGGCGAACAUUCUCUCAUCAUUCUUCGAGACGACGCUGGACGCACUUUCACCCAGCUUCCACAAUCGUCUCUCCGCUGUGGCCGACCACUACGGACCUGAGGCGCUACCGGAGGUUAUCCGCGCAUUCACGGCGACGGAAGAGCUGGGCGUCCAGAUCCAAGGUCUCAUGGACAAGCUCGCCUUCAACACACAAGGUGGACAUGUCAGUGGGGCUUCUCUCUCGCAGUCGCCGUCCACGGCCACGAACACGCCGGUAUCACCAAGCAUGCGAUCACGGCGAUCAACGAACCCGAACCGAAUGUCGAUGUCUCACCGAUUCUCGCGGUCCGUCAGCUUCCUGGAAGCGGCGCCUGCGUCGCCAACAGCGUGGGAGACAACGAUCUACGAGCCGUUCCUCGACCUGCAGUCGUCGUACCCCGCCCUUGAGAAGCGCUACCUGCGACACCUACUGAAACAUGACCCGGCUCUGACACGGCCGGCCAACAGGGACAACCCGGCCCGGACACUGAAUGAGCGUGCUGCCGUUGUGUUUGGGUUCGCCGAGGAUGCAAUCGGACGAUGUGUCGCAUUCACGCACGGCUAUGGUACCCGAGGUCUGAUCGACGCUCUGAACGAUCUCGUUCGAGCAUUCCUGGAGAACAAUGGCGACAUUCUGGACAGCGCGAAGCGAGUUUCCAAUGGUACCGGGGACGGUAAGGACGAUCUCGGGCUGGAAGGGCUCGACUACUCGACGGAGGACUGGGGUGCGUUCCAAGUCGCGCUGCAUGUGCUGGAGGCAUGCCGAGGAAUUCGGGACAAACUGUCCCAGUUCGAGACAAAGCUUUACCAGGCUCUGACCGAUGUUGCGCCGCGGUUGAUCAUUUCGGCUGCGGACCCGGCGUCCUUCACACUGAAGGAUACGACGCUCGGCGCCCUGACCCUGCUGCAGCAGUCAACGCUGAACUCGGUUGAGCUUCACAGCCUGAUCGGAUCUUUGCCCGGGAAAGAACCGCCAGCCGUCGAGCUGACCAAGGCUCGCGAUGCCGUCUCCAACUUUACGAGAUCGGCCCAGGUCUUCCUCCAGUCCAUCAUUCUUUCGCCUCUUCGAUCACAGCUCGACACCUACCCAUCUCUGUCCGUCUGGGAGAAGCCCGACAAGGAGAAGAAACGCGGCGACCUGCACGUGCCGACCUUUUCCCUGUCUCCGACAGACACGAUGGCGCGCGUGGCCGAGGGCCUGCUCAAUCUCUUGCGAGUGUUUGAAGAGUACGCUGCCGACGAGUCGCUCGCAUUCUCAAUCGAGACGCUACCCUUCGUGGAUGUUGACUCUCUGCGUGAACUGCUCGCGAAGCCGUCCGACGUGCUGGACCCUCAGGCGGAGAAGGAGGAGCCUACGCUGGGUGCCGAAGCUGUCCUGUCAACCUGGGUCUCAAGUCUGGCGCUCAGCCUGCUGUCGUCGCUGACGAAGACGACGUUGCACAAGAUCCCUGCCCUGUCCAACUCUGGCUCUGCCCAGCUCGCAUCUGACCUGGCGUACCUGUCGAAUGCGGUUCGGGCACUGGACGUGGAAUGGGAGGACUUGGAGAAGUGGCGUGAGGCGGCCGAGGCUACGCCCGAAGAGUGGCGGGAAAAGGUGGGGAACGAUCGUAAGGGCCCGUGGGGCACGGUGGGCCGAUUGCGGGGAUUCACCAAGCAGUAG